AUGGACAAGAGAUACGAUAAGAGUCCAACUAAAGCGUCGGCGUACGCUUUUUGGACAAUACAGGAUGUUCUGUACAAAAAUUACAGUGGGAAGCAUCUCCAAAAGCAUGACUUGAGUGAGAAAUCAGAUAAUAUAAGUGAAAAUGCUUACCAUAAUGAGAAUAAAGAAAACAGUGGAGCUAUUAACGAGACAAACAAAGAGAGUGAUCAUGUUAUAGCACCUGAAACACACGUAAUAAACAACGGUGAUACCGAUGAUAAUGAAGAGGUUAGAAAAAAUGUGUGGAGUGAUAUUGAUGACGAACUAUAUAUAGCAAAUUUAAUAAAAUUAAGGACUACAAAUGAAGUGAGCCGCGUUAAACGUGAUAAUUACCCUAGUGUUAGUGAUUACAGCGACGAGGUUGUGAAUAGUGUUAAGUUAGAUAAGUACGAGAUGUGGGAUUUGGAGCCCACGGACAUUACGGAGUGUGAUUGUCUUGGACCACCUCCCGAGUUCCUACUUCCACCACCACCGCGACCGCCAUUUUUGCAAGCAGACUAUUAUUGCGGUGACGACCCGAUUCCGGAUUUGGAAACUUGCGAUACGGAACCAAAGAUAGACGCGUACAAUCACAGCGGUCCAUCGCUUCAAACCUCAGCGGUGAUCGCACUCUGUUCGAUCGUGCUCAUCGUGGGUGUGCUCAUAGGCGCCAUACUUGUUUGGAAGCAUAAACGGAAAGUUACGAACUUGCUACCAUCGAAGUCAUCAGCAACCAAUCAGAGCACAGGGUCACAGAGGCGAGCGCCACCACCAGCGCCACUUUACGAGGACCUUCAGGAUCUGCCUCGGCGACCACCGUUACCACACAGACCCGAAACUGGACCACAACUUGAGAUGGUGGAAACAAAGAGAUCCAAUUGUCAAGAACGUGUAUUCGUUUGCGGAACUGGUGGCUCAUGGAGAGGUGGCAACUCUUGUGUCGGAGAUGCGUGUGGUGCUCCUCUAUAUGAGGAGCUGCCACAUCGUUCAGAUGACUCUAUUCACAGCGACGACCACUUCGCUGAAGACGAACUCAGCCUCGUCGGUGAAGCGGUUCCUUGUCGGACGUGCUCGAGACCACCUGUUCCACAUUCCUUGCCUCACAGGCCAAGGCCGCAAAGAUUAGAUCGGCGACCUAAAUCACUUGAACGGCGACGAGCUCAACAUAGAAUGCCCAGACAUAUACAUCCGCCUGAUCCAUCAGAAUUCCACGAAGGAGUGCUUCUAGAUGCUUUGUUAAGGUUAUAUCCUCAGGUCGGCACAGUUGGUGCUCGACCGCAAGGACCUAUGCCUAUGGGCCCAGGCGGAGCGUGGCCUGGCGGAGAAUUGCCUGGUAUUAACUGCUGGAGAGGUCCAAGAGCGUCCCCGAAACCUCCUAGUGGAGAUUCCUCUUUUGGUUCCGAUUCAGGAUACAGUAAUAAUACUUGCGGGACUUGUGGUACAAGGGCUUCCUCUAGACAUCGCUUGUCAGCUGAAAUACCAUUGUCAUGA